UCGUCACUUGCACUCGCCCGUACUAGGCUGAGAACAGCAGUUCAGACUGGUGGUGACAACGACUCGGCUUCCCAGCUCGACGGCCGCUGCCUGCUGUCAGUUUCAAACUUCUUCUCUUUGUUUUAUUUGUAUGAUAUUUCAGCUGCCUCACUCCCAUGUGUGAUUCUUUUCUGUAACGCAAUUCCUUUUCUUGUUUGUGAGUUGGGUUUCUUGUUUAGGAUGGAAAUUUAAUAAGCAGAAAGAGGGCAAAGUAGCAGAAAGCUUUUAAUCUUGAUGGAUAAAAUGGCGAGCAUUGCCUCUGAUUCUGGACUCAUGGGAAAGUGUGCCAAGAGACAGAAAACCCUCAAGAGUAAGAUUUGUCAGCUACCAGAUGAAAUUCUUGUUCAUAUCCUAUCUUUUGUAACACUUAAAGAAGCUGCUAGAACAAGUGUACUUUCAAAGCGUUGGAUGGAUGUGUGGAUGUAUGUUGCUCGCCUCAAUUUUGAUAGUUCCGAAGUGUUAAAGAAGAUGAUGAUAAGAACAUGCAACUUCGAAAAGCAUGACAGUUUUCGCAAAAGGGAAAGGCACAGAUAUGUUGGAUGAAUUUAGGAUUGCUUUUGAUUUGGACAUAUCUUGUCAAAAUGAGAUCGACAAGUGGCUUCAGUAUGCAUUUGCAAGGAGGGUGCAAAGACUAGAACUGAACUUGUCACAUGACAGACUCCUACUCCUCUCUUGAAAGCUUAUCCUUUUUCUUAUCAACCCCUUGACCUGAGCAGUGGGAAAGCUUCACAGAAAUCUCAACCUGGUUAUGGUGAUAUCAUCCUUGUUCUCUGACUGACUUCAAGUCCCUGCAAACAUUGAGCUUGAAAAGUCUGAAAGUGACUGGGGAUGUUCUUGAAUGCUUCAUAUGCAAUUGCCCAUUCCUUGAGCACCUAGUGUUGCGUCAGUGUUCAAGUUUGGUAAAUUUUGAAGUUUGUGGUCCAUCUCUUGCAUUGAAAUUUCUGGAGAUAUGCCAGUGUUUCACAUUAAAAUCAAUCACUAUCCGGGAUACAAAUCUAGUCUCUCUUAAAAUUACUGAAGUAGAUAGUGUGGUUCUUCAGAAUGUCCCCAUGCUUGUGGAAGUAUUGCUCUCUGCGUGGUUCCGUAACUCAAUCAGGAAUGUUAUUUCUGGGAUUUCCUGCUGCUUGGCGAAACUAGAGUUUCUUAGUUUAUAUGCCUCAAAGCUUGCUAUUUCAGAGUCCCAGGAAGAAGGAAUCCUUGAUUAUCUUCGUCAACUAACUAAUUUGAAGCAGUUCAUCUUAGUUGCUUGUGCAUCAAAAGAUGACAGUUUGAUUGGAUUUACUUCUUUUAUAAGGGCUUCACCCAACUUGGAGAAGUUUGUACUGAAGUUGCAAUGGCGAGGCAAUGAUAUUGUUCAUGAAGAUAGAGAGUCUAAGAAAGCUCUUAGCUUUCUGCUCCAGCAUCUUAGAGUGGUUGAGUCGCUUGGAUAUUAUGGUCGCAGAAGUGAACUUGAACUCGUUGAGUAUUUCCUAGAAAAUGCAGUUGUCCUUGAGAAAAUUAUCGUUGAUCCUCGUGAUCAGACGAUGGUUGGUCGUCCUAAAAAACUUGAGGAAAUUAAGAAGGAAAAAGUUGCUAAAGUUUAUGCCAAGAAACAGCUCAAGGAAUUAAUACCUCCACAUAUUGAACUUGUGAUCAAGUAGCUCCAAGCAGCAAUGCGUGGCUCCGCUCAUUAGGUUUAUGCAUGACCAGUAGGUUUUGUUGAUUUUGAGCAUCUGUAAGACGUUUCUUGUUGGUUUAAUAUACUUUUAAUUUUCCUUACUCUGCUUGACUUCCCAGAGUCCAAUCAACAUCAGUACCAUUGAAAUUUCUGUAGCCUCAUUAUGGGGCAAGUUCCAGCAACUAGAUAUGUUUUUAAGUGAGUUAGCUUCAACAAACUGAAUGAGGUACUAAUUAAGAGUUCAAUUGUGCAGUA